CGGCGCUGCAGAGCUCCCCGCCCUCAGCCUUCUUUCAGCCGCCAUCGGCCGCUGCGGCAUUCACGGGGCGGUGGGACCGGCAGCUGCUUGCCCCACACCCCCACGCACGGCCCGGCUGCUGCGGCUGCUGCGGCCCCUGCGGGCUCUGGGACUCGGCCCUGAGGCGAGCACGGUGAGGCGAGGACUCCCCGCCAGGCCCAGCCCCGGUGGCGCAGCGAUGCCGGCAGCCCGCUGCGGGCCCCGCCGGGCCGCCCUCCGCCCGCUGCAUCGUGGCGCCCCGUCUGUGCCGGGCCGCCCCCCGCUGGGCACCUUCUCCGCCCCGUUCGCCUCUUCCUCCCACGGAGCCACCCUCCUCCUCCGCCCCCUCUCCCUUCCAGCCUCCUCCCCGCCCUUCCCCGCACUCCACGCCGGUGCCGGAGCCGCGCGUCACUCGGGCUCCAGCCCCGCAGCAGACAUGGCGACAUUGACAGCGGUCCAGCCGCUCACGCUGGACAGAGAUGUUGCAAGAGCAAUUGAGUUACUGGAGAAACUGCAAGAAUCUGGAGAAGUACCAGUACACAAGCUACAGUCUCUAAAGAAGGUGCUGCAGAGUGAGUUUUGUACAGCUAUCAGAGAGGUGUAUCAAUACAUGCAUGAAACCAUAACUGUUAAUGGCUGCCCCGAAUUCCGAGCCAGGGCUACUGCAAAGGCAACAGUUGCUGCUUUUGCCGCAAGCGAAGGCCAUUCACAUCCACGAGUGGUCGAGCUGCCAAAGACUGAUGAAGGCCUGGGCUUUAAUGUCAUGGGAGGGAAGGAACAAAAUUCACCUAUUUACAUUUCUCGCAUCAUUCCUGGCGGAGUGGCAGAAAGGCAUGGAGGGCUCAAACGUGGGGACCAGCUGCUUUCAGUUAAUGGAGUGAGCGUGGAAGGAGAACACCAUGAGAAGGCAGUGGAGCUGCUGAAGGCGGCCAAGGACAGCGUCAAACUGGUGGUACGCUACACACCCAAGGUGCUGGAGGAGAUGGAGGCUCGCUUCGAAAAACUGAGAACAGCCCGGCGCCGACAGCAGCAGCAACUGCUCAUUCAGCAGCAGCAGCAGCAGCAGCAGCAAACUGCACAGCAAAACCAUAUGUCGUUAUUCUCAAGAAAAAAAAAGCCUCCGUCAACACUUCAGUAAUCAAGCAACCAGAGCUGUACUUCAGUAUUCCAGCAAAAGGAAACAACUACAGGAACAUGAAACAGAAUUCACCUGGAGAAUGUGCAGUACAAGAAUAAUACAGUUAAGACAGCCAUAGGAAGGGUACCUUCAUGAUAAGGUUUUUCAGCACACGGCAGUCACAGAUGCAUACUAUUUCUGUGACUCUAUUCCUAAUGAAAACAGCAUGAUAGGUAAACCCUGUGAAACAGAAAAGUCCAGGGCUUCCAAAUAAUUGUGUUUGAUCUAAUCUUGCACUCCUUACUCUCAGAAAUUGGCCAGUUGGCUUUCUCUACUCACUGGAAGUUUCAUUUUAAGGAGAUCAAGAUUGGCUGCUUUUGGGGACAGAAUUUUGCUCUACAAUUAUCUCCAGAAAUGAACAACUACAUCAGUUCAAAAUUUUGCCACAGACAUCAAACUCAUACAUCACGCUUCAUAGCCUCUUUGUACUAUAUAUCGUAGAGCAGUUUUAACCUAACUUCCUGUUUAUAAUUUUCAAUUUUCCCUCUGGAAAUAGCAAUUUACUAUAUUUAUAAAAGUAUUCCAUUUGUAGAAGCAAUUGGCUUUUUACUCUUGGUGUUUCCAUAUAUUUUAUUACACAUCAACAGAGUGACAAAGUUUUAGGUCAACUUUAAUUUUAUUAGUAGUAAAGUUAGGGAAUCCUAGAAUGUAUUUUUAAACGUAGGUUUUGCUUGUAUCUAUUAUAGUAACUAUUCAGAAAUCUAUAACUGGAUAUAUUAUAUAUUUAUUCCAUAAAAUGUAUAUUGUCUGAAUGUACCUGUUAGAGAAGUAGGGUCUUUGCUUAGCAUGUAUUGCAAAUGUAGUAAGCUAAUGUUAGCAAAAGACCAAGCUUUGUAUGGCAGAUAUUACUGUGGUAGCAUAAUCUCAGUUUUUCUGUAUUCUUUAAUUUAUUUUUCAGUCUAAUGUUAAUGUAUUUUAAAGAGGAGAAAAUGUAAGUUGUUUCUUUUAAGACUCGCACAUUAUAAUUUAAAUCAAUUUGAAGUUAGAGUUCUGACUUCUUUUUUUUAGUCAGAUGGAAUUGGAAUGUGCAAACAAAAUAUGUAACCAAGUUCUUAAGUUUACAUGUCUGCUUUUCCAAAGAAAAUAGUCAAAGCUGAAAGGCUGUAAAUGUCAUCUACUUUCAAGAACAUAAGAAAAAUGGAACCCCCGAAUUACAGAGAAAUAAUAGUUUUCAGCAUGCCUUCUGUGCUUCAUCAGAAAAGACUGGGGGAGAGAAGGAGCUAUGGGGAGAACUUUGCAGUCCUUGCAUGUUAGAAACUCCAGCUGAUGUCAGUGGAAGUUUAGUAACGGGAGGAAUGUAGAAAUGGUUUGAACCCUUGUUCUAGUUGUGAACUUGGAGCAAAUCAGAAACAAUAUUUGUUUCUGACUAAAGUGAUCUGUUCUCAAAUGGAGCAAGGCAAAGCAAAACAGGGAAAAUGGGCAGUAUCGUAGCAUAUGUCGGAAACUAAACGCAGGCUGGCCAACAGUUUUGACAGUGUUUGAUUAGUGUAAGUAGCCAUUGAAGGGAAAUAACUGUAUUUUUAAAACCACAUGGCAUGAAUUCAUCCAGAGAAGCCUCGUUUUAUACAGAGAAGUAAUUCAAUCCAGUGAUCUAUUGGUGACAAUAUCAGUUAGGAUAGUUGGGUUUGAGAACUAUCAGAAUUAAAGAUGAAAUAUAUUGUAUUGUGC